CCCCUCCUUCCCGCCCUUCGCCGCCGCCGCCAUGGGCCAGCCACCGGCUCGCCGUCUGCCGCUGCUGCCCUCGACCGGCGACGUCGAGGUGCGCCCGCCACCGCCGCGUCUCGCGCAGACCUUCAUCCACGCCCACUCCUUCCGCGGCGGCAAGCCGGCCCCGCCGCGCCGCGCGGAUGCGCAGACAGGCAAGCGGGGCAGCGGCGGCGGCAGUGCCACUACCGGCGGUGAAGAGUCUGCUGUGGAAUUAGAGGGUAGCGGCGGCGAUGCAGCUGCUCAAGACAAUGAGCCAUCGCAGCGCCGGUACCCGAAGCGCGCCCGCUGCCUCUCCGCUCGCGGGCAGGCGGCGGCGGCGGCGGCCGAUGAGGAAGAAGAGGAGGCCAAGGUGGUCAAAGCGAGGGUGAAGGGCAAGGCGAAGGCAAAGGAGGACACCGAGCUCGGCGAGCAGCCCGAUGGGCGCGUGUUGAAGCUGCUGCCGGACCAUCUGGCGCCGGACCUCGACAUCCUCGUCGUCGGCAUCAAUCCGGGCCUCACCUCUAGCGCGACGGGCCAUCACUUUGCGCACUUCUCGAAUCACUUCUGGCCGGCGCUGCAUCAGUCCGGUCUGACGCCUACGAAGUUCCUGCCCUCAGCAGGGCCCUCUCUGCUCGUGCAAGAGGCGCCGUAUCUUCGCAUCGGCCUGACGAACCUCUGCCCGCGACCCACACGCGAUGCCGCGGGCCUCAAGGCGCAGGACUACACCGCUGGCGCGCCGCUGCUGAUCCGCAAGGUGGCGCAGUGCCGCCCUGCCGUCGCAGUCAUGGUCGGCAAGGGCAUUGCGCAGAUCUUCGAGCGUGCCACGCGCGGAGCAGAGGCGACGAGACGCUGGGUGCGCGUGCCGGCCAGCACGCCGCUAGCCGAGGAUGAGUCGGGCCUCGGCCUGCAGCCCUUCGCCAUCGCUGGCUAUGCCGAGAGCGACGCCGAGCUCGACAUCCCGACGCUCGACGGCGACAAGAAGCCUGCGAGCGCAGCGACGCCUUCGCACAUCACGCUCUGCUUCUGUGUGCCGAGCACGAGCGGCCGCGUCACGACGCACCAGCUGCCCGGCAAGGUGGAGUGGUUCGGCAAGCUGCGUGCUCUGGCAGAGGCCGUGGCGAAGCGCGAGACGGCGGCAGAGGAAGGAGAGUGGAAGGACGUGGAGGUGCGCGUGCUCACAGCGCCUGAUCGCGUCGAGGCCGUCGAGGAUGGGGCUCAGGUGGAGCUCAGCGACGACAAGGCCGAGGCGAUACAGGCCGUCGCACAGGUCGAAGGCGAGCUGCAAGCCGAGACGUCGCUCGACGAGGAGAAGCUUGAUGCGGAGCAUGAGCGGCCGAUCCCACUGGCAGACGCGCAGACGAGCAGCCAGGUCAAGCAAGAGGCAUCGUGAUCUCGGCUCAAGCACACGCUGUCAUUCCUCGACCUUCGCGCGCUUCGCUGCCGGCUCGGCGUCGGCAUCUGCCGCAGCAUCCGUCGCAGCCUCUGAUGUCGGCUGCGCCGCAGCGGCCUCCGCCACCGGCUCGGCAGCGCUCUCGGCUGCCGGCGCCGCUGCCUCUGCGGCCACGCGUUCCUCCUGCUCCUGUGCAUGCGCGGCCUCGAGCGCCUCCGACUCGGCGUCGGUGAGCACGCGCGUCGCCGAGAGCAAGUAGCCAGCGCUGCUCGACGUCGUCAUCUCCGGAUGUG